AUGGAUAUCCUUCAAACAUUAGAAAACGCCUUAUUAAACCCCGAUCCAAAUGAAAGAACUCAAGCUGAAAUCCAAUUGAAUGAAGCUGCUCAUAACCAUUUCCCCGAAUAUAUCACCCUUUUAAUAGAUGCAUUAAUCAAUGAAGAAGCCAAAACCGAAGUCAGAAUGUUGGCUGGGAUUGGUUUAAAGAAUCAAUUGACUUCAAAAGACCCCAAGGUGAAAUUAGGCCAACAAGAACGUUGGAUCAAAUUGGAUGGCGAAAUUAAACAAAAAAUCAAACAAACUGCUAUACAAGGAUUAAAUAUUCAAGAUCAAAAAGUUGCCGGUACUGCUGCUCAAUUGGUUGCUGCCAUUGCUGAUAUCGAAUUACCUAGAAAUGAAUGGCCAGAAUUGAUUCCGACAAUUAUCAAAAAUACCAAGACUGAAAACCCGGAAAAUCUUAAAAAAGCAUCACAUUUAACAAUUGGAUAUAUUUGUGAAUCUGCCGAUCCAAACAAUCCAAAUAUUGUUUCUCAAGCCAGUGGGAUCUUAAUUGCGAUUGUUCAAGGUGUUCAAGCUAAUGAACCUUCCAAAAUCGUCAGAUUGACGGCAUUGAAUGCUUUAGUUAUCUCAUUGGAAUUUAUUAAAUAUAAUUUCGAAACUGAAGGGGAAAGAAAUUAUAUCAUGCAAGUGGUAUGUGAAGCCACCCAAGCUGAUGAUAGUGAAUUACAAGCUAGUGCAUUUGGAUGUCUUGCGAGAAUAAUGUCCCUUUAUUAUCGUUAUAUGUCUCUCUAUAUGGAAAAAGCCUUAUAUGGCCUCACUGUUUCCGGAAUGCAAAGUGAUGAUGAAAAAGUCGCAUGUAUGGCUGUUGAAUUUUGGUCAACUGUUUGUGAAGAAGAAUUGGAAAUUGCAUUACAAAGACAAGAAUUAGGUUUGGAUUUAUUAGAUGCUGCCCUGACUCCAGAAUUAAUCUCAUAUAAUUUCGCCUUGGUUGCUGCUCAAGAUGUCUUGCCUACGCUUUUAACCUUAUUGACGAGACAAAAUGAAGAUCCUGAAGAUGAUGAUUGGUCAGUGGCAAUGGCUGCUGGGGCAUGUUUACAAUUAUUCGCCCAGAAUAUUGGAAAUUAUGUCGUACAACCAACAUUACAAUUCGUGGCUGCCAAUUUAAUCAAUCAAGAUAGUUGGAGAGCCAGAGAAGCGGCCGUGAUGGCAUUUGGAUCGAUUUUGGAUGGGCCUGAUCAUGAUGAAUUAAGAAAUUUGAUUGGACAAGCAUUACCUCCCAUUCUUAGUUUGAUUACUGAUGAGACUUUACAAGUUAAAGAAACGGUUGCUUGGUGUUUAGGUAGAAUUGCCGAUAUGGUGGUUGAAGCGAUUGAUAUUCAACAGGAAUUACCACAAUUGAUUCAAGCCUUAUUGGCUGGUUUACAUGAUCAUCCAAAAGUUUCGACUAAUUGUUGUUGGACAUUAAUGAAUUUAUUGGAACAAUUAUGUAAUGAUAAUUAUAAUAAAGAAACCUCGGUGAUGUCAGGAUAUUAUGAAUCAAUUAUUCCGGUAUUGAUUCAAAUAUCUGGUCGUCCAGAUAAUGAAUUCAGUGCCAGGGCUUCGGCAUAUGAGGCUCUUUCGGCAUUUGUAACCUAUAGUGCCAAUGAUACUAUGCCAAUUGUUCAAGGUAUUGCCACAGAAGUCUUAUCCCGAUUAGAAUCAACAAUCUUGAUGCAAUCACAAGUUGCUCUGGCUGAAGAUAGGGGGAAUUUAGAAGAAUUACAAACUAAUAUAUUGGCAUUAUUAACUAAUGUAAUUAGAAGAUUAGGUGGAGAUAUUGCAUUAGCUGCCGAUAAUUUAAUGGAUAGAUUUCUUAAAUUAUUAGAAGCCCAAGAACAAAAUUCAUUAAUUGAAGAAGAUAUUUUCAUUGCUAUAUCAUCAGUUGCAGGAGCAAUUGGAGAAUCAUUUAUUAAAUACAUGGAUGCCUUUGUUCCUUACUUAACCAAAGCAUUGCAAAACACCGAUUCACCAACUUGUAAUACCGCAAUUGGAUUAGUUGCCGAUUUAAGUCAUUCCUUGGGGUUACAAAUCUUACCUUAUUUAGAAGGACUUAUGAAUAUCUUGGGUGGGAAUUUAAAUAAUGCUGAAGUUAGACGAGAAUUAAGACCAGCAAUCUUAUCUUCAUUCGGAGAUAUAGCUACGGCAAUCGGAUCCAAUUUUAGACCAUAUUUGGACUUUGUUAUGCAAAUCGCCAUCCAAGCUUCUCAAAUUGAAACCACUGAUGCAUCGCUCGAAACUAUAGAUUAUGUAUUCAAUGUUAAAGAAUCGGCAUUGGAUUGUUUUGUGGGGAUAAUUGGUGGUUUGGCGGAUCAACCUCAAGAUAUAUAUCCAUAUAUUGGGGCCAUUUUCCAAUUUUUGGAAAAGGUUUCAUUGGAUAUUAGUAUGUCAUCAACUGAUUCAGUGGCAAGAUCAGCCACCGGGUUAUUGGGAGAUAUAUCGGCGAUUUAUCCAAAUGGGGAAUUUAAACAAGUAUAUACUCAAGAAUGGGUGACUGAAUUUAUUAAAAAGACAAGAAGUAAUCCAUUGUUUGAUGAUAAGACUAAGGAUGCAGCAAGAUGGGCUAGAGAUCAACAAAAGAGACAAGCUAAUUUGUGA